CACUCACCCUCUCUCAGGAGUAGAACUUUGCCAAGAUAGCAAAGGCUAGGUCUGAAGCCGUGGUCUACAUAUGGCUGGGGAUAGGCUCACUGGCCUUUUCAGCCAUGCCUUUGGCUGUCAAAUCCCGAGCAAAUCGAGUUGAGGUUCAGUACUCCCACCUUUUCCUUCCUGGUUUCUAGAUCUGCCUCCUGCUUCUCACACCCCCUCUCCACCUUACCUAGAAAGAUGCCAUCCUCAGCCCGCUGUACCUUAGUGGGAUUCCCUUCCUCUGGAGAAUCCGGAGCCUCCAGCUUGAAUUAAAAGAUGCAAGAGUUACCAUGCCUUGGAGAGAAUCUGCUGUUUAGGGCACAGCCCUGUGUCUAGGUCGUUUGGGAAACGCCUUGGAGAGUCAAGAAUAAAAUUGCAGGUCAAACAAUGGAUGACUGGAAAAGUCGGCUUGUAAUCAAGAGCAUGCUUCCCCAUUUCGCCAUGGUGGGAAAUCGUCAGGAGCCCAGAAAGCUCCAGGAAUCGGGAAAGAAGCCCUCGUGGAUGGAGGAAGAAGAUUUAUCUUUUCUCUACAAGAGCAGCCCAGGAAGAAAGCACCAGGGAACUGUUAAGAGGAGACAAGAAGAAGACCACUUCCAGUUUCCAGACAUGGCUGAUGGGGGCUACCCUAAUAAAAUUAAGAGGCCUUGCCUUGAAGAUGUCACCCUUGCAAUGGGCCCAGGCGCCCAUCCUGGUACUGCCUGUGCAGAGCUGCAGGUCCCUCCAUUGACAAUGAAUCCUAGCCCUGCGGCUAUGGGAGUGGCUGGCCAGUCGUUACUGCUCGAGAAUAACCCUAUGAAUGGCAAUAUCAUGGGCUCACCAUUUGUGGUACCACAGACUACAGAAGUGGGACUGAAAGGGCCUGCUGUUCCUUACUAUGAGAAAAUCAACAGCGUGCCGGCUGUAGACCAGGAGCUUCAAGAGCUGCUAGAGGAGCUCACCAAAAUUCAAGACCCUUCUCCGAACGAGCUAGAUCUUGAGAAGAUACUGGGGACGAAGCCAGAAGAGCCACUGGUUUUAGAUCAUCCCCAGGCAACCCUAAGCACAACCCCCAAGCCUUCGGUUCAGAUGUCACACUUGGAGAGCCUGGCUUCCAGCAAGGAGUUUGCUUCUAGUUGCAGCCACGUUACUGGCAUGUCACUUCAGAUCCCGUCCUCCACAGGGAUCAGCUAUUCGAUUCCUUCCACCAGUAAGCAGAUAGUGUCACCGAGUUCUUCAAUGGCACAGUCCAAGAGCCAGGUCCAGGCUAUGCUCCCUGUUGCUCUGCCCCCCUUACCAGUGCCUCAGUGGCAUCAUGCCCACCAGCUGAAGGCACUGGCAGCCAGCAAGCAGGGGUCUGCUACGAAGCAGCAAGGGCCCACCCCCAGUUGGUCUGGUCUGCCUCCUCCAGGACUCUCUCCACCUUACCGCCUGGUGCCAUCACCACACCCACCACCACCACCACUGCCGCCACCACCCCCACCAUUCAGCCCCCAGAGCCUCAUGGUGUCCUGCAUGUCGUCCAAUACUUUGUCGGGCAGCACUCUCCGAGGCUCUCCCAAUGCCUUACUGUCAAGCAUGACGUCCAGCAGCAAUGCUGCCCUGGGGCCCACCAUGCCCUAUGCUCCUGAGAAGCUCCCCAGCCCUGCUCUCACUCAACAGCCGCAGUUCGGCCCUCAGAGCUCCCUUCUUGCCAACCUCGUGUCCUCUACCAUCAAAACCCCUCAAGGACACCUGAUGUCUGCUCUGCCCGCCAGCAACCCUGGGCCUUCCCCACCCUAUCGCCCGGAGAAGCUCUCCAGCCCAGGCUUGCCACAGCAGUCCUUCACCCCACAGUGCUCCCUGAUCCGAAGCCUCACUCCCACCAAUAAUCUUCUAAGCCAGCAGCAGCAGCAGCAGCAACAGCAACAGCAGCAGCAGCAGCAAGCAAAUGCGAUCUUUAAGCCCAUGAACAGCAACUCAUCCAAAACCCUGAGCAUGAUCAUGCAGCAGGGGAUGGCAAGCUCCAGCCCAGGAGCCACAGAGCCAUUUACUUUUGGCAACACCAAGCCCUUGUCCCAUUUUGUUUCUGAGCCGGGUCCCCAGAAGAUGCCCUCCAUGCCUGCCACCUCUAGGCAGCCUUCCCUGCUCCACUACCUGCAGCAGCCGACACCAACACAGGCCUCUUCAGCCACUGCCUCCUCCACAGCCACUGCCACCUUGCAGCAGCAGCAGCAGCAACAGCAGCAGCAACCUGACCAUUCAUCAUUCCUUCUGCAGCAGAUGAUGCAGCAACCCCAGCGUUUUCAGCGAUCAGUGGCCUCAGAUUCCAUGCCUGCUCUGCCCAGACAGCAAGAGGAACAGAGAUCAGGUCAUAUGGCAAUGACCCCUGAACGGCAGAAUGCAUAUAUCUCCCAACAGAUGAGUCCAUUUCAAGCUGCCCAAGAACAAGUCACCUCCAAGUGUAGCCGGAUCAAGGCAAGCCCCCCAUCUAGCAAGCACUUGAUGCCACCCAGAACUGGGCUCCUUCAGAACAAUCUGAGUCCAGGAAUGAUCCCACUCAGCAGGCACCAGAGCUGCGAGGGCAUGGAAGUGAUCUCACCAACUCUGGGGAAGCGGCAAGGAAUUUCCACCUCCAGCUCCCAGUUUCCCAUCCCCUCGCACUCAGGCCAGACUCCCCUGGGCAGUCUUGGCCCUGUCUGCCAGCAUACGCAGAGUCCCAAGGCCACCCCACCAGAAGUGCCCCUGCCUGGGUUCUGUCCCAGCUCCCUGGGCACCCAGUCCUUGAGUCCCCACCAGCUCAGACGGCCUAGUGUGCCAAGAAUUCCCACUGUGUUUAACAAUGCUGCAUGGGGCACAGCGGCAGCAGCUGUGACCACAGCAGUUUCGGGGAAACCACCCCUGAGCCAAGUGGAUAAUAGUGUUCAGCAGCAUUUUGAUAGCAACUCCAUCUUUGCCAAGGCGCCUGUGAGAGUGCCCCUGAUGGCCCCAGUGUUCCCAUCGCAGCAGACAGUUGCGACUCCCAAUCAGAUGGCCUCUGAAGGCAGGCCUGGCCAGAAGGUGAGUGCUGUUCUGGCCAACAACCCCAGCUUCAGCCUGCUGGGCAGUCAGAGCCUCAGGCAGAGCCCGGUGCGGGGCCCAGUGCCUGUAGCAAACACCACCAAGUUCCUCCAGAAGGGUAUGGCCAGCUUUAGUCCCCUGAGCCCCAUACAGGGCAUCGAGCCACCAAGCUAUGUGGCUGCUGCUGCCACCGCUGCUGCUGCUUCUGCCGUUGCCGCCAGCCAGUUCCCAGGUCCGUUCAACAGAACGGGUAUUCCCCCUGAGCUGCCACCUGCCGACUUUUUGCGCCAGCCCCAACCCCCACUAAAUGAUCUGAUUUCGUCACCUGACUGCAAUGAGGUAGAUUUCAUUGAAGCUCUCUUGAAAGGCUCCUGUGUGAGCCCAGAUGAAGACUGGGUGUGCAACUUGAGGCUGAUCGAUGACAUUUUGGAACAGCAUGCUGCUGCUCAAAAUGCCACAGCCCAGAAUGCUGGACAAGUCACCCAGGAUGCUGGGGCACUUUAAAUCUGAGCAGGAUGCCCAUAGAAACGCCCACGUUGACAUCGCUCUAGGGAGUGGUGUCACUCCACACCCGCAGCUGUCUCCCGUUACAAUUUGAGUGGUGUUGUCAGCCCAUGCUUAUCCCUCCCUCUACCUGUGACAAAAUGGAAAGCUGGUGAUUUUUCAAGCUACGUGUACAUAUUUGAAAAUUUUGUAAAUGGUUUUCCUAAACAUUAAUGACAGAAGUAUUUAUACUUCAUUUUGUGACUUUGUAAAUAAAGCGACGGCUUUUGUUUCAGUAGAGCUGUGUUUACUAUGCAUUGUUUUGUGUUUAUUAUACAUUGUUACAAAUAUGCAGACUGUGUUGUUUGCUCCAGUGAUACCUUGUUAAGCUAGGUGGCUGAGUCGCUUAUGGUUUUGAUGCAAUGAGCAAUGUGGAUGUGACCAAGAGUUGUUGUGCAAGUUGACAAAUGCCAAAUAGAAAACCACUUGGCCAUUUAUUUCUAUGUUCACUAAAAAUCCUAUUGCCUUGUGUGAUUCUUAAUCUCUUUUUGCAAACCUUUCAGUCUCCGCUAGCUCUUUCCUAAUGAGCAUUUAUAGCAGAAGCCGUUUUAUCAUUAAGUGCCCCACAGAGACACUUUACCAGGAGGCUGAGAGAGUUCUCCAGAUCUGGGAGAGGCACAGAGAGAGCGUGUGCGCCGAGCACUGUCUCAGCAAUCCACCUUGAGGAGCUAGAGUAUCCUCCUCCCUUUACCAUUCAGACCGAGAGAAAAAGCCCAGCUUGUGUGCACCCUCGUGGGGUGAAGGCGAGCUGUUCCUGGUUUAAAGCCUUUCAGUAUCUGUUUUGAUGUAAGGCUCUGUGGUUUGAGGGGGAACAUCUGUAAACAUUAAUAGUUGAUUUGGGGUUUGUCUUUGAUGGUUUCUAUCUGCAAUUAUUGUCAUGUAUAUUUAAGUGUCUGUUAUAGAAAACCCACACCCACUGUCCUGUAAACUUUCCUCAGUGUCCAGACUUUGUGUAAUCACAUUUUAAUUGCCACCUCGUAUUUCGCCUCUACAUUUGAAAUCUGGCGUCUGUUUCAAGCCAGUGUGUUUUUUCUUCGUUCUGUAAUAAACAGCCAGGAGAAAAGUG